AUGUCGUCAACUCACUCCAAACGCAAACUUGAAGACUACGUAGAUGAAUUAUUAUCCUUAAUCCAUUGUCCUGACGCCACCAGGAUGAGAAAGGACCAAACAGCCCUCCCUUCUUCCUCCAAUUCACCCGUCUCGUUCCGGCCCCGAUCAUCACUCGCUGAGUCAACCAGCUCCCCUGCUCGCCUCCAAUUCUUUGUCCGUAUGCUCUCGGAGAGAACCCUUGUCGUUCAAGCCCACUGCACCGACACCAUCAAAACGAUCCAUGAGAAAAUUCAGAGGAUCACCGGGAUUCCGGUGAUCGAGCAGCGGUUGAUUUACCGGGGAAAACAGUUGCAGUGGGAGAAUACUCUGGCUGAGUGUGAUGUCCAGAACGAUGCUGGGUUACAUUUAGUAGGCCGCAUGAGGAGUACCGAGCACCCCCAGGCCUGGCAGCUCAUGGACGACGUGGUUUCCAUGGUUUUCUACCUCUACAAGAACUUCCACGCUAAGCCACCCAAUUUGGUUCCCUCAAAAACCGUCAAAUCGAUGCUUCUGGAGUUCCUCUCCACGACUCCGCGUACGGAUUCUAAUCAAUCAUCCAGCCAUUUGCAAAUUUUCAUUUCUUCCUCUGCCCCUGCUGCUCUGGUAAUGCUCUAUAUGUCCUCUCAUAAACCCAAUAGGGAUGUAGCAGAUGAUGCCAUUAGACAGUUUGUUAGUUCGAUUAAGCAUGUUUUGCCUAAGAGUACACAUUAUCUUUGUGCCCCUAUAGUUUUGGAAUUCUGUAAGUUGCUAAAUGGGGCGGCGGGGACUGAUGAUCCAUUAUAUACUUUGUGCCGGAGUAGUUUGGGGACAAUGGUUGAGUGUGAGAUUGGAGAACACAAGGAGAUGAUAGGGAUUUGUGAUAUUUUUCGGUUUGUUGGGGAAUUAGCAGCGAAGUUAUCGCACAAUCUAGCGUUAAGCAUGGACACAAGCUCAUGUCUGGGGCCAUCAUUGAAUGAAGUACAGGAUUUCACUGCCUUUGUGGUUGCAGCGAGGAAGAAGAUCGAGGAGCAUGUUGUAUCGUGUGGCCCAAUCAGAUUUCCUCUGGGAGAGAAUUGUUGUCUGCCAGUGCCUGAUGGGGAGGAGAUUACUCAUUUGCAUGGGAUUUUCAAUAAUUUAUUAGGAAAAAUGGUGGACUGUUUGGGGAAAAUUGAUGAGCACCUGGAGAUGCGAGCGAGCUCAGAUAACGAGACCCUUUUCUUUGGAUGGUGUCAGUAUCUAACGAUUUUAAAGGAACUUAACAGUAUUUCAAAACUUUAUGCAGGUGCAGAGGAGUUGUUUUGGGACAAAAUGAGGCAGAGGAAGGAUGCCUUGUGUUAUCUUACUGUCAAGUUUGCAAAGAGGAUUGAUGAUCACAAGUGGAUUCUUAAGCACAAGGAAGUGACUAAUUUUGAGGUGAGGAGUCUUUUAGUGAUGAUGAUGCUACCUGAGGCAAAGGACGACUAUGAAGCGCUGCACGAGAUGCUCAUUGAUCGUUCUCAGUUGUUGGCAGAAUCAUUUGAGUACAUUGCACAUGCGGACCCACAAUGUUUGCGUGCUGGUUUAUUUAUGGAGUUCAAGAAUGAGGAGGCCACAGGCCCGGGUGUUCUAAGGGAGUGGUUCUUCUUGGUAUGUCAAGCAAUCUUCAACCCUCAAAAUGCCCUCUUUGUCGCUUGCCCUAAGGAUCGCAGAAGGUUCUUUCCAAAUCCAGCAUCUAAGGUGGAUCCUUUGCACCUGGAAUAUUUUAGCUUCUCUGGCAGGGUGAUUGCCUUAUCAUUAAUGCAUAAAGUACAAAUUGGCAUAAUCUUUGAUCGUGUGUUCUUUCUGCAAUUAGCUGGGGAAACUAUUUCAUUAGGAGAUAUUCAGGAUGCAGAUCCUUAUUUGUAUAGUAGCUGUAAGCAAAUAUUGGAGAUGGAUCCUGAGGCAGUUGAUCAGGAUGCUCUGGGUCUGACCUUUGUUCAUGAAAUUGAUGAGCUAGGAUCAAGAAAGCUUGUGGAGCUCUGCCCUGAUGGGAAAAGCAUUACUGUAAAUAGUAAAAAUAGGGAGCUCUAUGUUGAUUCUCUUAUUCAGCAUCGCUUCGUCAGGUCUAUAUCUGAACAGGUGGCUCAUUUCGCUAAAGGUUUUGCCGACAUUAUAAGUUGCCAAAAACUCCAGAGAUGCUUUUUCCGAAGCUUAUAUCCUGAAGAUCUUGACUUGAUGCUACAUGGCAGUGAAAGUGCAAUUUCUGUGGAGGAUUGGAAAGCACAUACAGAAUAUAGUGGCUAUAGAGAAACUGAUCCACAGAUAUCCUGGUUUUGGAAGAUUGUUGGGCGAAUGUCGAAAGAGCAGAAAAAAGUUCUCCUCUUCUUCUGGACCUCAAUAAAAUAUCUUCCUGUUGAAGGCUUUGGUGGUUAUGUUUUCCAGCUUAUCCUUCCAUGUCAAUCUUGCGAAAUCGACUUCGUGUCAUUACUCAGGAGCAUGUAG